CACCUCUUUCUCUCUCUCUCUUUUUCCCUUCCUUUUUCCUCACUAUAUCUUAUCUUAAUUAAAUAAAAAAAGCAUGGAGGCCAUUGACAGUGCAACAAAUUCAAGUGCUGGUUCAUCUUCUCCUCCAUCAUCUUCACCUUCUUCUUCUCCUCCUGCUCAAAAUAACCCACCUGUAGUUCUUACCCCUUGUGCUGCAUGCAAAAUUCUUAGGCGAAGAUGUGCUGAUAAAUGUGUCUUAGCACCUUAUUUUCCCCCUACUGAACCCACAAAGUUUACCAUUGCUCACCGAGUCUUUGGCGCCAGCAAUAUCAUCAAGUUUCUGCAGGAGCUUCCUGAGUCUCAAAGGGCGGACGCCGUGAGCAGCAUGGUUUACGAAGCGAGUGCUAGAAUUCGGGAUCCCGUUUACGGCUGCGCGGGGGCGAUUUGUCAGCUGCAAAAACAAGUUAACGAGCUGCAGGCACAAUUAGCGAAAGCACAAGCUGAACUUGUCAACAUGCAAUGUCAACAAACGAAUCUUGUAGCUUUGCUCUGCAUGGAAAUGGCGAAAUCUGAACCACAACCCAAUUCCCCACAGUCAGUCGACAAUUUCAUCACCAGCCCAGAAAGCUCUCAGGCCAAUCCAUUCUUCCUCGACGACAACUUGGGAGCACUGUGGGAGCCUCUCUGGACAUAAACCGUUAUUAUUAUCAUUAGUUAUAUAUUUAGAUUGUUAAUCCUUCCAAGAAGAUUCUCCUAACUCAAUGGAGAAGGAGAUCAAGUCGAAACAAAGUAGCUAGCUAGUAUAUUAAUAAACUUGACUUAAUGGAGGAAAACAUCAUUGUAAGAUAGGCAUCUAAUGUUAUAGGUCUUUUCCCUCCAAGAAAAUCUGCAGGAUUUGGAGGGAAAGAGGUUUCUAUUUUUAAUUAUAAAGUCCAUUUCUUCUGAGCUUAAUUAUUAUUGAAAUCUGAAACUACUUUUUGGUCA